UGAUACUGGGUUGUUGGGAUCAAAACCAUGCGAGACACCUAUGGAGCAUGGUGUUAGACUCGUAGCUGGUGAGAGGGAGGCCCUUGACUCUCCCGAGAGAUAUAGGAAGUUGGUGGGGAAAUUGAACUAUCUCACCAUUACACGUCCAGAUAUUGCUUUUCCAGUAAGUGUGGUAAGUCAGUUCAUGCAAACACCUACGCAAACUCAUUGGGAAGUAGUAGUUCGAAUUUUAAAAUAUCUCAAGAAUGCACCCGGGAAAGGUAUUCUAUAUGCUGAUCGUGGACAUAUGAGAGUUGAGGCAUUUUCUGAUGCUGAUUGGGCAGGCUCAUUGAGUGACAGGAGGUCUACAACAGGGUAUUGUGUGUUUGUAGGAGGUAAUUUGGUUUCUUGGAAAAGCAAGAAACAAACUGUUGUGGCUCGGUCAAGUGCAGAAUCUGAAUAUAGGGCAAUGACUCAUGUGACAUGUGAGAUAACUUGGGUACACAAUAUUUUGAGAGAGGUUGGUGUGGAUGUAAUGAAGCCCAUUCGUCUAUGGUGUGAUAAUCAAGCGGCUAUACACAUUUCGAAUAAUCCAGUGUUCCAUGAGCGGACAAAGCAUAUUGAGGUAGAUUGUCAUUUCGUGCGUGAAAAGGCUCAACAAGGACUGAUUUCUAUGGCUCAUGUGUGUAGUGGCAAUCAACUAGCUGAUUUGUUCACUAAAGGGCUCAGCAGGGACAGGGUUAUAUAUAUUUGUAACAAGCUGGGCAUGAUUAAUAUCUAUGCUCCAGCUUGAGGGGGAGUGUUAG